CGUCUGGUAACGGAGCCAGGUGUGUAACUAGUUGUUCCAAGUCCCUUCGCGACCAUUUCUCCGCUACGUCCAACGAGAAUUUAGCUGGAUUUUUCAUCGAUGAACAUGGCUUUUCAACACUUGUUGCAGUAGAAAUUAGAAAUUACUUUCAUUAAUUAGAGAGGUGGGGAUAAAUUUUUCAACUGGUGGUGAUGGAGAGACAAUUGAGUUUCAACUGUACUACUCAUACCAAUGUACCCGGUGGGAUCGAUAAUACUCGAAGGAGUUGCUGUCGAGGUCGAUUCUCAUGGAAUAGUCGACUCUUAUCAAGUAACAUUGUCAUAGUUGUUCAUUCGUAAAUUCACAGACACGCUGGAGACCGAGGCCUAGAUUUCAUUCUUAUUUUGUCUUCUCAUAAGUGCUGGAUUCAAUAGGUUUACUACAAUUAUAUUGUGAAACAAAGAGCUUUCCAGAUCUGUUUAACCACUUGUUUCAACAACAAGUGCCAAAUAAUCUAAGCCGUUAUAAUGUCUGAGACGGAGAAUGUUUUCCUUUUUGUCCCAAAUUUAAUUGGUUUUGCCAGAGUUGUUCUAGCGAUCAUUUCUUUUUAUUAUAUGCCAACACAUCAUGUUAUUGCGAUAUGGUGUUACGUGACAAGUGCUCUUCUGGAUGCUGUUGAUGGACAUGCAGCCAGGUACUUCAAUCAGAGUACAAGAUUCGGAGCGAUGCUCGAUCAGCUGACUGAUAGAGUUGGAACAAUGUGUCUGCUUGUCAAUUUGAGUAUGUUCUACCCGACAUAUGCCUUCUGGUUUCAGUUGAGCAUGGCUAUUGACAUUUCUUGCCAUUGGUUGUACUUGCACACGACGAUAUUACAAGGGAAAACCAGUCAUAAAUUUAUUGAUAUGUCGGGGAAUCCCAUUAUGAGAAUUUAUUACACGAAUAAGCUGGUUUUGUUCAUCAUGUGUGCAGGAAAUGAAGCAUUUUAUGCUGCCCUAUAUCUUUUGCAUUUCACCGAAGGACCUACAUUACUCGGCAUGAGCUUAUUCAGGGCUGUGAUGUACAUUUCUGCUCCCAUAGCAAUCAUCAAGACUGCAAUAUCUGUUAUCCAUGGAUAUGUAGCCUCUCUGAAUCUCAGUAUAAUUGAUGUGAAAGAGCGUGAAAUUUUGCAGAAGACUAAAUAAUUCAUAGUUUUUGAUCCGGAAUUACUUAUUAAUUCAAUUUAAUCAAUUUUCGUGGAUCCUCAAAUGAUGGGCAUUAUUGUAAAUCAGAUGCGUGACAUUAAUUUGUGAAAAUUGUACCUGCCUUUACAAUAAUAAUGUUUAUAGGGGAGAAUAAAUUCCCCGACCGCGUUAUGUUGCCAAAUGAUUAAUAAAAUAAUUAGUAUGAGGGA